AUGGGGCAUUCAGCACGAUCAUGUGACUCGCGGGGCAAGAUGGCGGCCUCUCUGCGGGCUGGAGCGCGCCUGCGGCGGGCUUCGGCUGACCCUGAGCUGAGGCGGCUGGAUUCAGAGUUGCUGGCUGAAGUCGAAGCGGCGUCGGCGGCCGGUCCCGGCCUUCCCUUCGCUCUGGUCCGGAGGCUUCAUCAAGCUCUGCGAGAUACGGGUUCUCAAGUGUAUCUUCAUGAACUUCUCGAAGGUAGUGAGAUCUUUCUUCCUGAAGUGAAAAGACCUCCCAGGAACCCAGAGUUAGUGGCCCGUCUGGAGACACUCAAGGCUAAGCUAGCCAAUGAAGAGUACAAGCGGAUGACAAGAAAUGUCAACAGCCAGGAACUGAACCGAUAUGGCACUCUGGCUGACCUCGGAAGACAAGUUAGGUCCACUAAAGCUGUGGUCGUCACCAUAUUCAACUUCCUUGUGACUGUGGGAGCAACAUUUGCCUGCACCUAUCUGGGCAGCCAGUAUAUCUUUACAGAAAUGGCAGCGGUGAUGGUGGGUUUGGCAGAGCUAUACGUGAUGGUGAGGACUCUGGAAGGGGAACUUGGAGAGCUGUGACCUGAGUGGACUCCUGAAUUCUUUCCAACCCUGAUUCUUCAGCGUAUCAGACUUUCCCCAAAAAAGCAGUCAGAGAUCUCCUGCAUAUCCCAGAAGGGGCCACCUCUCUAACUUCCUCAGCAGCUGCUGGCUGUGGACAAAUUCAAGACUUUUGCCCUCUGAUGCAAGAAGCUACCUGAGACAAGGUCUUUCGUGUGCCCCUCCUUUCUUCCAACAAGCUCGCUCAGGCUCACCGGUCUUUUCUCCAUGCAAGUGCUGUCGUUCACAGCUGUUGGGUGUGAGUGGGGCCUCCCUACAGCUGUUGACAAGAAAAGCAGUUUCCCGCCAGCACUGAAAGAUACAUGGUCGUCUCACAUCUUGAUACCACUUCUGUGGGCUGUGACACCUCCACGGACAGGGACAGAGGGACCAGUCUUUUCUCUAUUGUGAUAAACCUGUGAAAUGCAAUGCCUUAUUUCUGGCUGUUUAGGUUCUGUAAAGUUGGUGUCUUGCCUUGUUUAGAAGUGGAUUUCUACUGUGUGCAAUAAACUCACUAAUGAAAG